CCCGGCGAGUCUCUGCUUCCGUGCGGCGGCGGCGGCGAUGGCUUCCUUUUCCGAGGCUCCCCCCGGCAACCCGGCCGCCGGCGCCAAGAUCUUCAAGACCAAGUGCGCCCAGUGCCACACCGUCGAGCAGGGCGCCGGCCACAAGCAAGGUCCUAACUUGCAUGGUCUGUUUGGGAGGCAGUCGGGUACCACCGCUGGCUACUCCUACUCUGCGGCGAACAAGAACAAGGCUGUGGAAUGGGAGGAGAACACUCUGUACGACUACUUGCUUAACCCUAAGAAGUACAUUCCUGGAACCAAGAUGGUCUUCCCUGGACUGAAGAAGCCACAGGACCGUGCUGAUCUCAUUGCGUACCUGAAGGAUGCCACCUCCUCUUAAGAGAACAUGCUGCUAUAAUCUUGUCGGGAUGAGAGAAUUCGUUUUACAGUUAAUAAAAGAUUAGACGUUACUCGUACUCUGGUUUAACAGGGUGCAGUCCACGAGACAAUUAUCUUUCUGGGCAUCGUGUUUAUGAUAUGGGUUCCGUAUCACUAGGUUUAGUUGCAAAAAUCUUUGACAAGCUUUUUGAUUCAGUUGCUGGAAAAUCCCAGUACACACAUUUUGACCACCAGGUGGUGGUGGAACUGGAAUGCACCCAUGUUAAUGAACAUGAAAUCUUUAAAGUUGUGAUGUUAAAGCUUUCUGCCUA